AUGGGGACGGGUUGGGGUGGGGCCGGCCCGGUCACUGUUCCUCGAUUGGAUCGAUCCAACACGGUUUCAUGUCGUACUACGAUUCCUUCUCUCUCACGGCAGACGCCGGGUCCGAGCCAGGCCCGAAUCUGACAAGCUUCUUACCGCAUUUGUGCCACCGAAUGAGACACCGAGACGCGUAGCCAGAGUCCGAAAUGGAAAAUAUCAGCGAGCGAGUCAAAAAAUUCAGCCGACAACUAGCUAGUGGACGGAUUGAGGAGAAAUAACACGAAGUCAACGCUCAGACGAACCUACCGCAUCUGUCCAAAGCCUCUUGGCCAGCUGAGUUACGUGAUGCCGAGUGAGCGAGUGAGUGAGUGAGUGAAAGAGAGAGAGCGAGAGAGAGAGAGAGAGAGCAGUGCAACCAGUGUCGGAUAUCGAAGUAUCAGAGAACGAAUCAAUAUAUCAAGGAGCGAACUAGCCAGUGGAUGGAUUUAA